CCAUCGGCAGAAAGGACAAGGGAACCUGUUUGCAGAGAGGGGCUGCUGCAGGAGGCAGAGCCGUUUCCUCCACGUUGGGCACGAUGCCUCUGGCAGUCCUGUCAGCGUGGACGUUGGAAAGUGUUGGUCCGGCUGCCUGUCCCAGCGGAUCAGCUCCCCCCACCCCGGCCUCCUGGGGCUCUCCAGACACUCCUCCAUGCUUGACUGCCUUAGAAGCAAGAAGCCAGCAAGCAGUGGCACAUGCAGGCUGGACAACCGGAAACUGCAGGUCAGGCAUCCUGACUCGCUGCUGCGGCCGGGAGCCCCACGUUCCUGCCCUGCGGGUUCCUGCUGCCAGCCUGCCCCCGUGCACGUGGAGCGGGUCCUGCUCUUCGACGCCGUUCGGGAGGUGGAGGUGGUCGACGGCUGUCACUGCAGCAGGUGCCCAGAGGAAUGUCUCCAUCUCCCAGCUCUGAAAACCUUCUUUCCAGGCUCUCCCUGGGAGCUCACGCUAGGUGGACUUUUCUGCGUGCCCACAAAGUUCAACACCGCUCUAGUCCAAAACCCACAAAGCGGGGAGGUGGUUCGGAUGCCGGAGAACUGCGAGGUGAGGGAAAAAUGUUACCGUGUUUCCCAGGUGGAAUAUUGUUAUGGAAUUGCGCACGGCUCUGCGGGACGGAGGGAGGAACGGCUCAAGGAAAUUGAUGUGGGAAGGUGCUUGGGCAGCUGCUCCUCGGGGGAGCCCUGCUCCCUUAGUGCCGUCGUUACAAACCAGUUAGUCCCCUACGGAGAGGAAAAGCAGCCCAGCCAGGGCCUUGCCGAGGGGCUGCAUGGCCCCGGACCCCUGUGUCCCCCGCCAGCCCAGGGAGCGCUGGGGUAA